GGGGGGCGGGGGGGGCGCGCGGAGGAGGGCGAAGAUGGCGGCGCCGCGUCGCUCCCAGCACCACCACCACCACCACCCGCCGCCGCCGCCCGGGCCGGCCUCGCCGCCGGCCGCCGCCUCGCCGCCGCGCAGCCCCAGCCUGGCACCGGCCGACCUCGCCCCCGCCGCGCAGCGCCACAGCCUGGCCGGCCCCGAAGGCGAGGCUCCCCCCGACGUGGAGCGGCCUCCGGCCCCGGAGUGCUCGGAGGGCGCGGGCGCCGCCGCCCCGGGCCCGCCGCCGGGCUCGGGCAGCAGCUCCAGCAGUUCCUCCUCGUCCUCCUCCUCGUCUGCCUCGUCGUCGGUCGCGUCGAGCCCGGCGGCGGAGAGUCCCGAGGCGGCGGCGGGCCCGGGCGCGGCGAGCGGGGCCUUCCGCGAGCUGCUGGAGGCCUGCCGCAAUGGGGACGUGACGCGCGUGAAGCGCCUGGUGGACACGGGCAACGUGAACGCCAAGGACAUGGCGGGCCGCAAGUCCACGCCGCUCCACUUCGCCGCCGGUUUUGGAAGGAAGGAUGUUGUAGAGCAUUUGCUACAGACAGGAGCCAACGUUCAUGCUCGUGAUGACGGAGGGCUGAUACCUCUUCACAAUGCCUGCUCUUUUGGUCAUGCUGAAGUGGUUAGUCUGUUACUGUGUCAAGGGGCAGACCCAAAUGCUAGAGACAAUUGGAACUACACUCCUUUGCAUGAAGCUGCUAUCAAGGGGAAGAUAGAUGUGUGUAUUGUGCUGCUGCAGCACGGAGCUGAUCCAAACAUUCGUAACACCGACGGGAAAUCUGCGCUGGAUCUGGCAGAUCCUUCAGCAAAAGCUGUACUCACAGGUGAAUACAAGAAGGACGAACUCCUGGAAGCUGCUAGGAGUGGUAAUGAAGAAAAACUGAUGGCUUUAUUGACUCCUUUAAAUGUGAAUUGCCAUGCAAGUGAUGGGCGUAAGUCCACUCCUUUACACCUAGCAGCAGGCUACAACAGAGUUCGAAUAGUCCAACUUCUGCUUCAGCAUGGUGCAGAUGUGCACGCAAAGGACAAAGGUGGUCUUGUGCCUCUUCAUAAUGCAUGUUCAUAUGGACACUAUGAGGUUACAGAGCUGCUGCUUAAGCAUGGUGCCUGUGUGAAUGCUAUGGACCUCUGGCAAUUUACCCCCUUGCAUGAGGCUGCUUCCAAGAACCGUGUGGAGGUCUGCUCCCUCCUGCUGAGUCACGGUGCGGAUCCCACAUUAGUCAACUGCCACGGCAAGAGUGCAGUCGAUAUGGCUCCAACGCCUGAGCUAAGGGAGAGGCUGACCUAUGAAUUCAAAGGACACUCUUUACUGCAAGCAGCCAGAGAGGCAGACUUAGCCAAAGUGAAGAAGACACUUGCUUUGGAGAUCAUUAAUUUUAAGCAGCCACAGUCGCAUGAGACUGCACUGCACUGUGCUGUGGCCGCUGUGCAUCCCAAGCGGAAGCAAGUUACAGAACUAUUGCUCAGGAAAGGAGCAAAUGUUAAUGAGAAAAACAAAGAUUUCAUGACACCUCUGCAUGUUGCAGCUGAAAAAGCUCAUAAUGAUGUCAUGGAAGUUCUACAUAAACAUGGAGCAAAGAUGAAUGCACUGGACACACUUGGCCAAACAGCGUUGCACAGGGCUGCGUUAGCAGGUCACUUGCAAACCUGCCGGCUCUUGCUGAAUUACGGCUCUGAUCCCUCCAUCAUCUCUUUACAAGGCUUCACAGCAGCACAGAUGGGAAAUGAAGCAGUGCAACAAAUUCUAAGUGAAAGUACUCCUGUGCGCACAUCUGAUGUGGAUUAUCGGUUGUUAGAAGCAUCCAAAGCUGGAGACUUGGAAACUGUGAAGCAACUUUGCAGCCCUCAGAAUGUGAAUUGUAGAGAUUUGGAAGGCCGUCAUUCAACACCACUGCACUUUGCUGCGGGAUAUAACCGCGUAUCAGUGGUGGAGUAUCUGUUGCACCAUGGGGCAGAUGUGCAUGCCAAAGAUAAAGGUGGCUUAGUACCCUUGCACAAUGCCUGUUCUUAUGGACACUACGAAGUGGCUGAACUCUUAGUGAGGCACGGUGCUUCUGUCAACGUGGCAGACCUGUGGAAAUUCACUCCUCUGCAUGAAGCAGCAGCAAAAGGAAAAUACGAAAUCUGCAAGCUGCUUUUAAAACAUGGAGCUGAUCCAACAAAAAAGAAUCGAGAUGGGAACACUCCUCUAGAUUUGGUGAAAGAAGGAGACACAGAUAUCCAGGACUUACUGCGAGGAGACGCUGCCUUGUUAGAUGCUGCCAAGAAGGGGUGCCUGGCACGAGUGCAGAAGCUAUGUACUCAAGAAAAUAUCAAUUGCAGAGACACCCAGGGAAGAAAUUCAACACCGCUACAUCUUGCAGCUGGUUACAACAAUUUGGAAGUAGCUGAAUACCUUCUUGAGCAUGGUGCUGAUGUUAAUGCCCAGGACAAAGGAGGAUUAAUCCCCCUACACAAUGCAGCAUCGUAUGGGCAUGUGGAUAUAGCAGCGCUGUUGAUCAAAUACAAUACAUGCGUAAAUGCAACAGAUAAAUGGGCGUUCACACCAUUGCAUGAAGCUGCACAAAAAGGAAGGACACAGCUCUGUGCUCUGCUGUUAGCUCAUGGAGCAGAUCCAACCAUGAAGAAUCAAGAGGGUCAGACACCACUAGACCUGGCAACAGCUGAUGAUAUCCGAGCUUUGCUGAUAGACGCGAUGCCUCCAGAAGCUUUGCCUACAUGCUUUAAGCCUCAAGCUACUGUUGUUAGUGCCUCCCUGAUCUCACCAGCAUCUACACCGUCCUGCCUCUCCGCGGCCAGCAGUAUAGAUAACCUCACUGGGCCACUGGCAGAACUAGCUGUAGGAGGGGCAUCAAAUGCUGGUGAUGGAGCAGCAGGAACUGAAAGGAAGGAAGGAGAAGGUGCAUUUGCUGCUGGACAAGUUUACGUUGCUAGAAUUUCUGGUCUCGACAUGAACAUUACCCAGUUCCUAAAAAGCCUGGGUCUUGAACACCUUCGGGACAUCUUUGAGACAGAACAAAUAACCCUGGAUGUGUUGGCAGACAUGGGGCAUGAGGAGCUUAAAGAAAUUGGGAUCAAUGCAUAUGGACACCGGCACAAAUUAAUAAAAGGUGUGGAGAGACUUCUAGGAGGGCAGCAAGGCACCAAUCCUUAUUUGACUUUCCACUGUGUGAGUCAGGGCACCAUUCUCCUUGACCUUGCUCCUGACGAUAAGGAGUAUCAGUCCGUAGAAGAGGAGAUGCAAAGUACAAUCCGGGAGCAUCGAGAUGGUGGAAAUGCUGGCGGGAUCUUCAACAGGUACAAUGUCAUCAGGAUUCAAAAGGUCGUGAACAAGAAGUUGCGGGAGAGAUUCUGUCACAGGCAGAAGGAGGUAUCAGAGGAGAAUCAUAAUCAUCACAAUGAACGCAUGUUGUUUCAUGGGUCUCCUUUUAUUAAUGCUAUCAUUCACAAAGGAUUUGAUGAAAGGCAUGCAUACAUUGGAGGAAUGUUUGGAGCUGGAAUUUACUUUGCCGAGAACUCCUCAAAAAGCAACCAAUAUGUUUAUGGGAUAGGGGGAGGAACAGGCUGUCCCACACACAAAGACAGAUCCUGUUAUAUCUGCCACAGACAAAUGCUCUUCUGUAGAGUGACCCUUGGAAAAUCCUUUCUUCAGUUCAGCACAAUGAAAAUGGCUCAUGCCCCUCCAGGGCACCAUUCUGUUAUUGGCCGGCCAAGCGUGAAUGGACUUGCCUACGCUGAAUAUGUUAUCUAUAGAGGAGAACAGGCAUACCCAGAAUAUCUCAUUACAUACCAGAUUGUGAAACCAGAGGCUCCCUCACAGACAGCAACAGCAGCAGAGCAAAAGACCUAGUAGCUACAGAGUAGUGAAGAAGGAUGUGACUUCAAUCUUGGACUGGAUGGAUACGUGUUUCAGAAAAUCAGUAUCAUAUAAAAUCCUUAACAACAUGGAAAUAAGCUGUAUGUCUUUUGUAAAGCAUUGCUGUCUUGAUGAAUACAAUAUGAGUAACUCUUGCAUACUCAACUGCUACUGUUCCUUUUGAGGAAAGUUUACAAGGGACUGCCUUUUAAUAACAUAUCUCAGGCUCCUAGUCUCUGCAGUUACCGUGUAUAAAAUAAUGGGGUUUUGAUCUAGGCUUUGGGAACAUUAUUGUGCAAACAGAAAUCUUUAUUAGUGCCAUCUCACAUGUUAAAAUUUCAGACACUACUAUUCUAGUUAUUUUAUUUGCAGAUAAAUUGCAUUAAGCCCGUAAUUUUCUUUUCAGUACACACCAUUCAUUUUAUGUUUUCAAGAGAUCCUAGUCAACUAUUUAUUUUCCUUUUGUAUUCUGAAGUUGAGCCGGAACCUUCUUAAAGAUAUUUUGCACAAAGUCGAUUUGACUGAAAUCAUUAACAAUGCAAUAUGAAUUUCAUCUGAGAAGGGGCUAGGUCCAGUUCUUCAAUAUAGGGGGUUUUUUUGCACACCUCUGAGCAAACGGUAAUAUGAGUGAGUGUAACUUUAGAGUGGAAACAAAUUGUGUCGGUUUGCUGCUUUGUCUGAGUUUUCUGGGGGAAGCCCUAGGAAGUGUUCGCAAGGGUAAACCAGCUCUUGUGCUUGGAAAAACUUCAUAGAGCAGGUCAAUGCCCUCUGCUGGCAUCUCUAAGAGAACGUUUUAUAAGGCUCCUUAUUAAGUACAUGCAGUUUGUGAAAUGUUCUCCAGUUACAGUGGCGUAUGGUUUUGCUGGAAGAUAGCAGGUGAAAAGUCAGAAGAUUGCAUACAUGAGGGCAUAUCUGGUUCAUGUUCCUCUAAUAUAACACCCAGUAAAUGGGUUUCAUACCGGUAAGGGAGAGUGUAUUAUAGCUGUUUCAUGUCAUAUCUUUGUGUGUGACAUCACAGUUGAAGAGCUUAAGGGAUUUACAAAAAUAAUAAUUUUUCUGAAUAUCGAUUUUACAUUUUUAUGAGAACGAGCUUUUAAAACAUCAGUUGGCAAGUGGAUUGUUUGCAGGUAUACCAGAGAACAAAGCUAGGAUUUAUUUACUCUAAUCCCCUUCCCUGCAAGGUCCCAGGUUUAUUUCACUGGGCAGGAGAAAGUUAUUUUUAAGCAUUGCAUAGCACAGCAUCAGACAAUUUCAAAAGUCCCCCUCAUGGAGGAUAUGCAUUGAACAAAAGUGGAGACCGAUUUCUUUUUUGUGUUGUUUUUACAGCUUCAGAGAAGGUUGAAAAUCAAGCUGUGUUAAUUUUUUUCUUAACAAGCAACACCAGGAGAUGUGCUUCAGUGUUGAGCAUGUAACGACUGGAGAAAAAAAAAUGUUAUUUUGAACACAACACGCUGUACAUUUCCCUAUUGACCAGCACUAUUUAGUAUCUGAUGAUCCAGUUUAUGCAUUCAGGCUUUAUCACCCUUAAAGCAAGGAAAUGACAGAAUAGCGUGCUUUUAGUUUAUAAAAAAAUAUUUGUGCUCCCCAUAAGUGGGAUUUUGCUGACAUGUUUGGAUAAAACAAACUUAAACCUGAAGAGCUUUUCACUUUCAGCAUUAAGACACAAAAUUUUCAUUUUUGACAUUAAGACAUUAAUGUUGAAGCAAUCCUCGCGGAGGAAUUUCACCCACUAUAAAAAUCAGUCAUUUGAUGCAAUCUGGCUGCCUGCACAUCAUCUGUUUGUAAUAUCUCUAAAGAAAACGUUAGAAAUAGCAAUACUCCAACAGAUCUUGAACUUUGGGUUUUAUUUUUCUUGAGCUGGCAGUGGAUAUAUGGUUCUUGCUUCAUUUUGUGACCUGAUUAAAUAUGUAGCUUUGAAGUCCAAGCCAGGCUCUAGCCUAGUUGUCCUUUUAAUCAAAUUUCAUUGAUAAAAUUGGGUGCUUGUAUUUUGGCUACUUGUUUAUAGUGUUAGGAUUGCAAAGAUCACCACUAGGCUUUGAAGCUUUGUAUUCAUCUUUUAAGUUUGGGGUUUGUUUUUAACUUAGUUAAUAAUGGAGUGGGGGGAUGUGCCUACCUACACUAGGGUUUCAGAUAGUGUUGAGAGUGAGUGUUGCUCACCAUCCCCAGUUAGACAUAGUUUUAAAUGGUAAAACAGUUGUGCUGCUUAGGUGAGCAAAAUGGUUCAUGUGGGUGUGGAAGUUAAAAGCUUUACAUCUUUCAAAAACAAAAACAAACCUAAAAACAAAAACCCCACAAAGCCCACACCAGAUUCUGUUCUUGCUUGUUGUUUCCUGUGUGCUGAUUGAACUAAUGGCUAGUCUGGAUUUCUUCUGCAGCCUUGAACUUCUAGAGGAUAAAAAUACUGUCCAGUAUCUUUGAACUGCCAGUGUUAACGUAUCUGAUGUUCUGUGCAGAGUAAAGGUGCUGUGUGAGGAAGUCAUUUUGCAGUGGUUUUUGUCUCGUAAUGGCGUGAUCUCGUAUCCAUUUGUGGCCAGACACAGAGGAAUACCCAGGCCUGAUAAUGCGUGUGUGUGUCGUAGAAACCCGUGCAGGAGUAGCAUCUGCCUCUCCUGGCAUAUGUUGUUGUAGCUCCUCUUACAGUUUAAAACAAAGUGAGGAUCUGCCCAUCGAUACGGAUGUUGCCCAUGAAAAAGCUGGUCAUGGUUUUGGUGGCAGAGCAGCGUUUAGCAGGUUGUUACGGUACAGAUGCUGCUGCUUUAGCUGAGGGAGUUAACUUGAUGCCUCUGAAUUCUAGAGAACGGGACCUUAAAAAUAGCACGCCCCCAUAACCGGGCAGCUGCUGCCUCCUGAGAAAUGAAGAAGUUUUUCGACUUCCUGGGAAGGGCAGUCCCCCUGAUAACAGGAUGCUCAUUUGCAGCAUUGGGUCACCGAUGGAGGCAUGGUAGGAGCUGAGGAUGCAAGAACACACUGGGCUAAGCCAUCUCAUGGGCUUGGGAGCCUGGGCACCUCUCGCUGGCUCCAGAAAGAGCUAUUCCUACUAAGACAGAACGUGGUGUCUGCUGGGGAAAGGGACAGUUGUCUUUCAGGCCUGUUGAUUUUUUUUUCCGUGUCCCUUUGAGGCAGCAUUUUGAAAUGUCUGUGCGGUUUGCAACAGGACCUUAAUAGGCGAAACAGAAAGAAACUUCACCACGUAGCAAAGAAGGGAUGGUUCUGCUCUCCAUUGCUGAAAUUGUUUCCAUGAGACAGAUGAAUUGGGUACCUGGUGCAGAGUGACAUUGCAGUCUGAAUGCUGUCAACAAAACUUAUGUUAGAAUUAAAAGCAGAGAAUACAGUACCUUAAUAAGGUGUAUCUUAUUUUCUCAUCCUUAUUUUUAUCUGCCGGUCUAUUUUGAUCCCAGCUCCAUGGAGACUGUUACAAACCUCUUGUACUAGUUCCACCGUUUUGCAGUCACUAUGGGUCUGUAGUCCAAGGAAUGAGCAAUGUGUUUUCUAACCUCUGUUUUGAAUGGUUGUAUGUGAUGCAAUUGAAUCCCACUGCAUUAUGCAGCUGGAAUUUAUUUUGCCUGCAAACUUUUACACUUUGCUUGUUGAUAACAGAAUACCCCAAAACAAAAUUCUACACUGAAGCAAAAAGAAAGCCCCGCAAAAUAUUCUGCACUGCUGGCUUCGGUGGGCAGCAGACACAGAAGAGGCAUGUGGUAUGAGACUGAGUAGCUUCUGGAGAAGGGUGCUUCCUUGGCUCUGGAAGGCAGCUGAUCCUACUGUUUGUUGUAGGUUAGAGGAGACGUCUGCUCCCUGUGAACGUGUGAAGCACUGAGGGAUGCUAACAUAUCGUGCCACCGCGUGGCCUGCGGGAACUACUUAGACAGACAGUGGCAAAUCUUCUCAAAAAACCCUCCUGCAUCCCUGCAGUGAAGUGAGAGCUCCUGCACAGUACAUACACUACCUAGAAUUUCCACAUGGGACUGUUAACAGAAAUUGCCCACAACAGAUUUUUUCAAAAGAUGGGUAAAAGGAACGGGCCAACCACAAAACAGAUUAGUUUGAACAUUGCUAAUCAUUCUCAGCAGCUGAAGGUCAGGAAAUGUGUGAAUUUAUUUUUAAUGGGAUUUCUCCCUUUCCAUGCUGCUUUGCCACAGAAAAUCUGGCUCAGAAAUCUAAAAGGAGAUGCAUCUAAUGCGUGCUUCAGUCAUUUUAAGCCAUGCUGCAGCCUUGCUGGGGAAGACAUGGGAAAGUAGAGAUUCAGUUCUAGCCACAGGUUGCGAGUGGCCUGUGAACCUCUAUAGCCUUGAAUCCACUGAUGAUCAGAGGUGGUGGCUUUGGCACAGUCCAGAGCACGCUCUCCUGAUCUUUCAGAGAGAGGCAGGACACGUGCGCAGAGAGGGAGCGGCAGUGUUCCCACCUCUCUGAACACAUAGUAGAUAUGAAACCUUGAGGAUGAGGGGACAGCAUAUGCGUGUUAAGACUUCUGAAGGAAGGUGAAUGAGCCCAUGAAUCAGUAGGGAACAGAAGAAACAGAUGCAUUUCCCAUUACACUAACACAUACGCCUGUCAGAUCGUAUUAUCUGACUGGUUUUGAUGUAUCUCUCUUGCUGAACCUGUUGGUGGCAAGUUCUAGUGUUGGUUCCAUUCAUUACUAAGGUAGUUUGAUUAGAGUCUCUGUAUUACAAGGUAAUUUUGACACUUUCUUCUUAACAUCUGCAGAACUUGCUUCAGCUUUGGAAACUGAAAUGGGGAUUUUUCUGUGCCGCAGUCCUGCAAGCUUGUGUACCUUCAUUCCUAAUUGCUUUCUCUGCCAACCCAAAUGGCAGUGUGCGUGGGGGUUGAGUUUUUAGACCUUUUUUUGUAUAACUUGUUUUCAUAACUAGCCCGGUAUGUUUCCUCUCUUGGUUGCCAGUUACCUGGAGCUGGGAUAUCAUUUAUUUAUUUCCUCCUUUACCCUCUCUCUCAAAGACGACGAUGGGCAGGUUCUCAGCCUACCUACAUGGUGGACUUUAGGUAACAUCUCUGUAACAACCGAGUUUGAUCUAUAAAUGUGCUUGGCUAAAUGUCUGAUCUGCAAUACUUGUAAUAGUUUAAAAUUCAAUAAAUACAUUUUUAACAGUUGCUCUCUGAAA